AUGUCCGCUGGCCAGACUAUUUUCCAGCUGUCUCAUGAACCUCGUAGGCAGCAGGGUUCGUCAGUUGACGAAAAUGAGCGUCCGAAUGCCACACCUUCACCUGUCCUCAGCCCAAUGUCUUUGGACAACUCUCAACAAUCACUUGAUCACGGACCAGAAAUCGAACCUGCCAUACGACACCAGCAGAACUCUCCCCGUACGCUGAAUCACAGCAGCAGCGCAGGCUUCUUGAAUCACAGUGAUAAGCAACUUCAAGACAAUGAGGAGACACAUGCCACACCUGUGGUCAGCAGCGAUAACGCGCGAUCGUCCAUCACUUCAUCAUCUGCAUCAACAAAUCUGGAGGAUGCGCGAUCGGCUAUGGCCACGCUGUCGUCGUUCGUCGCCAAGGGCGGACUGAACAGCUUCGUGGACAAGAAGGAUAGAACUGCAAUGGUCCAAUUCUUCCUGAUGCUAUUGCAAUUUUUUCAAGGGAUCCAGCGGCGUGAACGCUACAAGUCUUUGGUUUAUCGAGAAAUUGAGUUGAGGAGUAACUUGCGGGAGGUGGAACGUAUGAAAGAGAGACUUGGUAGUCAAAUGGAUAUGGAGAGCGCAUCCAGCGACCACCAAGGGCCACAGACGGCAGAACAACAACAGCUUCCGUCGCCUCAGGCGGAGAGUUCCUCUCGCGAAGCCUCGAGGCAUGAGAUUGACGCAAGCCGCCAGCAUGAGACUGAUGCGGACCGCCAGGAGGAGCCUCAACGCAAACGACGUCGCUUGAACUACAGCAAGUGCACAUUCUGCAGGAAGGACAAGAAGGCCAUAGAUAGAAAACGCAUAUCCAUCUACCUAGACUGGACGAGACAAACAUGGGAGGUUUCCAAUGUUGCGACUGGAGAUUGCUUACCUUGUACUAUCGUCUGUAACACCUUUGGAGGAAAUCUCCUGGCAACUAAUCCAAAUCUAGAGCCGAGCAGCCUGCCUGUGAGCAGUCGGAAGCAAGAGGACACUCCUGCCUCCAUACAACCCCAUUACAAUAGCAGUCUCCCCAAUAAAACUUGGACUCCGGCCGAAGAAUCUGGUAUCAAGCAGAUGCAUAAUGCUAGAAGGACUUGGGCUGAGGUCACUAAGGCAAGAACGAGAUCAUCUCGGUAUAUUUUAAAUUACAAUUAUCAGGAUGUUGAACUCAGACCUAUUACGAUAAAAUUAAUCAACAACUUACCAGCUCUAAAAACAUUAAUUGGCUGA